AGCCCACCAGCAACUCUGUACCAAGAUACCCGACACUGCGCCGGCCGACACCUGCUUCGCUUCGAGCAUCCGCAAAGCCUCGAGCUUCACCAAGCUUCCAGACCGAUCAUUCCGCAACGUCGGCGCGAUCCACCCGUAGCCUUGCGCUCGACACCCACAGUCUCCUGGUGACUGGCUGCGCUGCUGCUGUCUUCGGGCGCAAACCACCGCCAUGACGCAACCGUGGGACUACAUCGCGAAGAUAGUCUCUCUCGGGGACUCAGGCUGCGGCAAGUCCAGUCUCACCAUCCGCCUCUGCGAGGGCCGCUUCUCCCCCCACCACGACGUUACCAUCGGCGUCGAAUUCGGCUCGCGCAUCGUCCCCGUCGGCCCGCCCGCCUCCCACGCCCUCGGCAUCAACUCACCCGCCAAACCCCCUCCCUCCACGCCGGCACCCAAGAACCAAAAACCCCCGGAGCAGAAACACAUGAAGCUCAGUCUGUGGGACACCGCCGGCCAGGAAACCUACAAGAGCAUCACCCGGAGCUACUUCCGCGGCGCGAGUGGCGCGCUGCUGGUCUUCGACAUCUCGCGCAAGAACACGUUUCUGAGCGCGACGAGCUGGCUCGCGGAUCUGAGGCAGAUCGCAGAGGAGAACAUUGUCGUUGUGCUUGUGGGGAACAAGUCGGAUCUUGCGGCAUCAAGCACAGUAUCCGGGGAGGAGAGCGCGGACAACAAGCGGCAGGUGUCGAAAGAGGAGGCGGAGGAGUGGUGCAAGGCGAACGGCGUGAUGCAGUACGUUGAGACGUCCGCAAAAUCGGGCGAGGGCGUCGAGCGCGCCUUCUUGGAGGUUGCCGAGAGGAUAUAUCAGAAUAUUGAGGCGGGGAGGUACGAUCUCAAUGACCGGAGAUCGGGGGUGAAAGGGCCGGGGGCCGGGGGCGGGAACACGGCAAAGUUAAAUUUGGGUAUGAAUGAUGCGAGGGGGAAGGCGGCCGGAGGAAAGUGCUGUUAGACCGCGGCGCGGGGAGGACGGGAGAAAGAAGAACUUGUACAUACAGGCCCGAGGGCUGAUUUCGCGAUUUGGAUUCGCAUCGCACGGCGUUCGCAUCUGCUGGCUAGCACGCCCUUCCAUUAGUAUAUUUUAAUCCUCGAUUAAGCCUUGAUCAUUUCCACUGC